CAGUAUGUUAAGAGGGGGCUCCGUGUUAUUGUUUCUCAUAUCCUUCGAGCCUUCUAUCCCAUCUCUGUGCUCUGGAUCCGAUUUUUCCUUCAUACCGAUCCUAUUUUAUUUUUCAUCGACUACCUCCGACUCCUCGCCCGUGUUCCUGGCCCGCAACUCUUCACAGUUUGACCAAGAUGUCCGACGAAGCCGCUCAGCAGCCUAGGAGAGGAGACCUUGAAACUGGGCCGCUGCCUCCAGGACCGCGGUGGCAAGACCCAAUCGAAUCAGGGAUAAACAAACACGGCACGAACGAUUCUCUUGAGGACAUCGAGGACCCGAAAUUAACACCAUUCGACGUUGGGAGCUUCAUGAUCAAUCGCAUGAUCGGUGUCGGAAUUUUCACCAACCCUCCGCUCGUACUAUGGUUCUGUGGAAAUCAGCACCUGGCCCUCUGGGUGUGGUUCGCUGGAGGGCUGUUUUCUCUCAUGUGCUUCUGCGUGUACGUUGAGUACGGCGCCGCGUGGCAUUACAACGGCGGGGAGCUACUAUACCUCGACCGGAUAUUCCGUUCGAAACGGAUCAAGCGGCUUCGAUACCUGCCCCCUCUGGCAUUCUCGUUCUCCAUGAUCCUUAUCGGGACUGCAUACCCAAACGCGUUCGGAUUCGCGAAGCAUAUCCUCAUAUCCUUCAAUCCGCACAUCAAGGACCCGUACCAGCUCGACCAGCACGCGGUCAAGGGAGUCGCCGUGGCUGUCGUUACGGCGGUGACGCUCAUCCUCUACCGAAACAAAUGGCUAGCCAUCCGCAUGAAUAGACUGUUUGCUGUGUAUAAAGUUGGAUUGCUCUUUGGGUUGUCCAUAGUGGGAUACGCUCACCGCCACGAGGGGGUCACAUGGUCGCAACCAUUCAACGGAUCAAAAUUCAUUUCCGGCUUCUUCGUGGUCAUGUUCAGUUACCAGGGAUGGGAGAUCCCCUUCUAUGUCUUGGGCGAGCUCGCCGAAGACCGCUCGUGCAAGAAGAUGCUCAGGAUCGGCGGCAUCUCUGCGAUCGUGGCCGUCACGAUGUUGUACAUGAUGGUCAACGUAGCAGUGAUGGUGGUUUUACCGUUCGAGACGCUCGUGGGUGGUGAAGGAUUGGCCGCAAUAACCGAAAAGCCAUGGGCCACAUCCACGGCGGCGUUCCUCGUCUCGCUCUCACCGGUCGGAAACAUAAUCGCGAGCACCUAUGUGUACGCCCGUGUCUGCCAGAUAAUCGGGGAACAGAAGCUGGUUCCCUUCUGGAAGAUCCUCCAGCGCAGGUCGAAAUUCGAGCCCAAGACCAGCUCCGGUGGUUACCUGGUGCACUGGAUCACAUGCACUGCCGCGAUCGUCGCAGUCGCUACGCCGCACUAUAAGGCCUCCAGCUCCUCCAUCGGCAUGCCGGUUUACGUCUAUGCGCGUGCUCUGAUCGUCGCCAUCAUUGCCGGAGCUCUGUUGUACACAGUCAAGAUAGACACGCGCAUCUGGAUGUGGAGAUUUUUGACGGGCGUGGUAGUGCUCGUGAACAUCGCCGUGAUGGUUAUCACCAUGAUCCCGAGCCAGCAAGACAAGGACGCGCCGCUGCGGAUGUGGUUGCAGCCCGUAGUCGGGCUCGGCACGAUGGGCCUCGGAAUCCUGUGGGGCGUGCUUCUCUGGCCGCUGGAAAAGCCGCCACCCCCCGUUUCGGGAGACAAUGGGGUGCGCGCCAACACUGCCAGUCCCGACGACACAAUGCGCACCGCCAACGUCACGCCACGGAGCGAGGUCACCCAGAUCACCGAGGUCAAAGUCCAGGACUUCGUGGUCCCGGAACCGUUGUUGAAGAGCGAAGAAUACAACAUGCUGCAGAAGCUACUCGGCUUCGCACUCGUGAUCGAGCACGAGCCCCCGGAAGGCUGGCCGAGUGAAGAAAACAAUCAGGGUAGAGGUAAUCGUCCUCUCGCGGAACAAAAAGACGACCAGGCGAAAACAAAGGACAAGCACAUGGGACAGCCGAGGGUGGUGACUUACGUAAAGGUUAGAAACGGCGGGCUGUUGGGAUUCCUCAGAGGCCUCACACCUCCGGAGUGGGUACGAAAAUACCUGUGGCCCAAUAAGGAGCGGCUGGCGGCCUAAGUAGAAUGGCCUCGCUCGCUCACGGGCUCGAUUCAAUCUAGGUUGAGAUAAUCGGUAUAUAGG